AUGGAUUCACUAAUAAUCAUAUAUUCUUUUGCUGAGAUUUUUCUUUCUGUUUAUAUUUCAUUAAAUAAUUUACUUGUUUUAUGGGUUUAUAUACGAUCACAAGAUGUUCGUACAAUAACGAAUACCUAUAUUUUCUCACUAUCAUUAACUGAUUUUCUUUCUGGAGCGAUUGGUAUUCCACUUACUGUAUAUUCCGUGCUCACUCGAGCACCACGAUCAUAUUUCCCUUGCCUAGCCAUUCAUUUGAUUUUAUGUGUUUUAUGUACGAUUUCCACAUUUCAUAUGUUAGCGAUUGCUAUCGACAAAUAUAUAAUUAUCUGUUGUAAAUAUAAACUACUGAAAAAUCGGUCUGGUCGUCUCACAAGAACCGUGAUUUUACUAAGUACGGUGUGGGUUUUUGGUUUACUUGUUGCUAUUCUACCAAUAUUUUGGUUUAUCGAUUUUGAUGAACGUCAAAAGAAAUUUCAUGGGGAAUGUCAAUUUCUCGAGGUUCUUGAUUAUAGUUAUUUGGUAUAUGUGAUAUUUUUUGGCACUAUAAUAAUCCCUACUAUAAUAAUAACUUACUGUUAUUUGAGUAUUUAUAGUAAAAUACGUGAAGAAGAGAGUAAUAUUGCGCAUUUUCUUAAUGGACGUGAACGGCAACGACGUGUACGUGGUCGUCGUAAACUUAUCACUAUAUUAUUAAUUAUUGUACUAGCUUAUUUGAUUUGUUGGUAUCCUUUAUAUCUUAUCAAUACAGUGGAAUUUUUUUUCCACGAAUAUCGGUCAGCAACUUGGUUAACGUUGUCUGCAGUCGUUUUAUCGCAUGUUUCUUGUGGAAUAAAUCCAUUAAUUUAUGCGUAUGGAAUGCCGGGUUUCAAGGAAGCAUUAAGAAAUUAUUUUAAAACCGCUAUGCUCAAGGCUGAACAAAUGUCUCACAUUUUAAGAAAUUCGAAAGAAACAGUUUUAGUGAAAAUUGAAAAAAUUCGAGAACGCUAA